AUGGUGCUUGGGAAUGAGCUCAGAGGUCGAAAUAGUCGAGUUCAUGUGACACGCGUCCUGCAUACUGCUAGGAUCGGUAAUGCCUAUAGCGUCAUGUUUGUAAAUAGAAUGAGAGAAAGCAGAGUGAUUUGUUACACAGGUUUCACAAACAUCAUUCACACUUUCACGAGGCACUGGCACCAUUACCUAAAUGUGACAAAGCUUGGAACGUUCGUAGUAAAAGAUUCCUUUAAUUGUGCGUUUGAAUGUCUACGACUUCCUUCGUGUGUAUCUGUGAAUCUGGCUUCUAGCGAAGGGUUUGAUGGGAAACUUUGGUGUGAAGCACUGUCCUCUGAUAAGUAUAGAAACAAAGCGGAUUUCCGAGGAAGCGAAAGUUCGCAUCACUUUUCCAUCAAGUCACCUUGUUCUUCUUCUCCUUGUCAAAAUGGUGGUACCUGUUUUGCAAACUAUCGAAGGGACUCAUUUGAAUGUAUCUGUGAGGAAGGUUUUAUCGGAAGAUUUUGCGAAACAGGUGCGAGGUCAUGCAAGGAGAUCUAUGAAUCGAACUUGUUUAACACAAGUCAGUCUGCGACCCUCCGUUUUGACUUAUCUCCAAUUUCUGUUUAUUGUCAUGUGGGAGAUUUGGGGUGUGGAAACGGGGCAUGGACAACUGUUAUGAAGAUUGAUGGUACCAAGAGAACCUUCCAUUAUAAUUCUACAUACUGGAGUGAUGAACGCGAUUUCAAUACCCCCGGUGGAAACACUGGAUUUGAUUCCGAAGAAACCAAACUGCCAACCUACUGGAGGACGCCAUUCACCAAGAUCUGUCUCGGUAUGAAGAUCGACCAAAAAGUCAACUUCAUUGUAAUCAAUCAUCAUUCCAGUUCUCUGUUCUCACUGAUUGCGGAUGGGCAAUACCGUGCCACGUCACUUGGCCGUGACACGUGGAAAACACUGAUUGGUUCUCAGGCAUCCUUACAGAAUAACUGCAAUAUCGAAGGGUUUAAUGCUAUUGGUGGCUCUGUAUCUCAUUCUAAAGCAAGGAUUGGUUACAUUGCAAAUGAGCAAAACGAUUGCAGCUCAUGUGACUCUAGAAUAGGUAUUGGGACUGGGGGAUACUCGGAUGACGGUAAUACUUGUGGUAAUAGGGCCUCGCACAACCCAGACAACGGGGUUAAAUCUAUUAAGGUCAUGGGCUACAUCUUAGUGCAAUAA